AUUCGAUACAGCUAGGCACCUAAUUACUACCAAUUUCUCUAAACUCGCGGCCUCAGUUCAUUUUUGUUGGUGAGGUUUUUGCCCAGCAAUCCAUCUGCCACAGUAUCUUUGUGGUUUUUAUUUUUAUUUUUUCGAAUAGGAAGCUUAUCUCGGGACUUUUCCAAGCUUUCUUUCCUUUUCAAAGCUCGUAAACUGAGCAACUCUCGAGGUCAAUCAACUCGUGUUACCUACCCCUUGCCACCAGCGCAUAACACCAAAAUACAGACAGUCUCACUUUGAAUCGCUACGGCCUUUAUAUUUGUACCAACUAGCAUUGCCGUUGCUACACCCCCUCUCAACCGGGUGCCGCACAUUCAACAAAGCCUCAAUUUCCACCAACACUUAUCCAAUAUGGUUCAGAUCAGCGAGGGGACAUUCAGCAUCGGGAACCAGAGUCUGUAUACAAGGACCUGGCUGCCCGAUGGAGCUCCCAAGGCGAAGCUGGUCCUGAUCCAUGGCUUCUCGGACCACGUCAACCUGUAUAAUGACUUUGGCAACGCCGUAGCCAAUGGCGGCAUUGCCGUGUACGGCUUUGACCAGCGCGGCUGGGGCAGGUCCGUCAAGACCCCGGCCGACCGCGGCAAGACGGGCCCGACGUCCAUGGUCCUCGCCGACAUAGUUGCCUUCAUCGAGCCCCUCCUCGACGACGGCAGCAACCUGCCCGUGUUCGUCAUGGGCCACUCGAUGGGUGGCGGCCAGGUGCUGACGCUGGCCGGCGACCAGAAGUACGAGGCCAACGUGGUCAGCCGGGUGCAAGGCUGGAUCCUCGAGGCGCCCUUCAUCGCGUGGCCGGCCGGCCAGGCGCCCAGCUGGCUCAAGAUAAAUGUGGGUCGGUUCGCCGGCAAGUUCAUGCCGUACCGCCAGCUCGAGCACGUCAUCCCGCCCAAGGACCUGACGCGCAACCAAGAGGUCGUCAAGAUCCUUGAGAAUGACAAGCUGUGCCACAACCUCGGCACCCUUGAGGGUCUGGCGUCGCUGCUGGACCGGACUGUGGAUCUCGCGUCGGGCAAGACGAAGCUGUUGCCGUCGGUCAAGGCCAUGUGGCUCGGCCACGGCACCGCCGACAAGGCAUGUGACCACGACGCGUCCAAGAAGUUCUUUGACGAGCAGACCAGGUUGCAGGACAAGGAGUUCAGAUCGUACGACGGUUGGUAUCACCAGAUGCAUACCGAGCCUGACAGAGAGCAGUUUUUCCAGCAUGUCAUUGAGUGGAUUUGCAAGAGGACUCCUGGCCAGGAUGCGGCGAAGCCGGAUGUUGAGACUGUGGCUGGAUCCAAGUUGUAGGCUCUCUGUGUUGAUUUAUCUAGUUCUUGGUUGAUUUAGUUAGCCAUAUAUGCAAACUUCUCACCUAAGCAUGCUUUACUUGACGGGAUCAGGUCAUGAGUGGUCAGUAAGG